AUGUCUCAGCGGUUUCAAGACGAAGAGAGCCUUAGCAACAAGGAAGUUGCCGAGAGCCAGUCUAACCACUCAAGUCAAGAAUACGGCUCUGAGAAGGGGGAUGGCAUCAAGGACCACGCCUUGGCCGCUGUUGAGUCCAAAGAGCGUUUGACCACUGACGAUGGCUUUAAGUUUAACCAGGGUGAUAUUAUGGCCAUUUUAAUGGACGAUGAUGCUCAUUUGCCCAGUUUGACCUUGAGAAUGUGGGUGAUGGCUAUCUGUCUUGCUGCAUUUGUUGCCGGUGUUGACUCCUUCUUCAAUAUGCGUUUCCCCACUAUCGGAAUCGGUGUGGUGGUGAUCCAGGUCAUUGCCUGGCCCAUUGGUAGAUUGUGGUAUAUGAUCAUUCCUCAGUGGACAGUUCCGCUACCUUUUGGACUUUCUUUCAGCUUAAAUCCGGGCCCAUUUAAUUAUAAAGAACACACGUGUAUUUUCGUGUUCUGUAAUGUGGUUAUCAGUGCUGGUUUAGUGAAUAACUUGGUUAUUGAGGACACAAAGUUUUUCAAGAAAAACAUCGGUAUCCCUCGUCAGAUUCUUUUCAACAUUACAUGCUAUCUUCACUCCGUGUCUCUCGUUGGUCUCUGCAGAGAUAUCAUCACCACUCCUGCUGAGCGGGUUUGGCCCGGUGUGCUUUCUAACAUCGCUUUGUUCAAGUCCAUUUACUCCAGGGAUAAUCCAGUUGUUCACGGAUGGAAGAUGCCUCGUUGGAUCUUCUUUAUCAUCGUGUUUCUUUGCUCCUUUGUUUACUACUGGUUCCCCGACUUGAUCUUCCCAUUCUUCUCCAACAUUGGUGCUUGGAUCAGUUGGAUUAGACCAGACAGCGCUGCUCUCUCCCAAGUGUUUGGUGUCAAGACGGGUCUUGGUCUUUUCCCAUUCACUUUGGACUGGACUCAAAUCACCUCGAUCAACAACCCAUUGACUACUCCUUUCUUCGCUGUUGCCUCGAUGUUCUUCUCAUUUGUCUUUUGGAUAUGGAUUGUCAUGCCAGGUCUCUACUAUCAGAACCAUUGGGAGACUGCUCACAUGCCUAUCAUGAGUAACAGUGUGUUUGACAAGAACGGUAAGCAGUACAACUUUACCAGAAUUGUCGACAGCGACUGGAACCUUGACAAAGCAAAAUUUGAUGAGUACUCACAAGCGUUCAUGCCUGUUGCCUUCUUGAUGAGUUUGGCUCUCGGUAUUGCUGUCUUUGCUGCACUUGUCACUCAUACCAUUUUGAAGUUCCCAUCUGAGAUUUGGGGCCCAUGGGCAAACAGAGGCAAACAGGACGAUAUUUUUAACAAGGCUGUUAGACAGUACAAGGAGUUCCCAAAGUGGAUUUAUCUUGUCUUUUUGGUGAUCAGUCUAGGUCUUGGUUUUGCCUUCUCUGAGGGUUGGGACGACUCCCCAAUCGACGCUGGUGGAUACUUUGUCUCUGUCUUGAUUGGUACUAUUAUGUUCGUUCCUCUUUCUCUUCUUGAAGCCAGAGCCAACACAAACAUUUCCUUGGCCUCUUUCUUUGAGAUUGUCAGUGCUAAUUGGUACAAGGGAAAUGCUUACAAUUUGCUUUACUUCUACACUUUCGGUUUCAGUAUCAUCCAGCACGCCAUGCACAUGGCCCAGGGUGCUAAAAUGGCUCACUACAUGAGAAUUCCUCCAAAGAAUGUCAUGUUCUUACUUGCAUGUUCUGGUAUUUGGGCGUCUCUCGUUUCUCCAUCCGUCACUGGAUACUUGUUGCACCACAUUAACGAUAUUUGCACAGACAACGCCAAAAACAAUAUGGUCUGCAGAAAGCAAAAGACAUCCUUUAACAGUCACACCAUGUGGGGCUUGUUUGGCAGUGAGAUCUUUGUCCCUGGCGGCAGAUACGGCUGGGUGUUGUGGUUCUUCCUCGUUGGCGCUCUUGUUCCAAUUGCCCACUUUUUCUGGUGCAAGUUCAGACCUAAUACUUGGGUGAGGAGAUUUGACCCUAUCUUGUUCUUUGGUGGUGCUGCCAUGAUUCCAGGUGUUACCGGUUACAACUUCUCCACCUGGUUUGUCACUGCGGCUAUUUUCAACUACUUCAUUCACAGAAGAUACACCUCAUGGUGGAGAAAGUACAACUUGGUCAGCUCCAUCGCACUCGACUCGGGAGUCGCCAUUGCCGCUAUUUUGAUAUACUUCUGUGUGGUAUACACUGGAGGUUCUAAGAACUACAAAUGGUGGGGUACCACUGUGGCCAAAAAGGGCUGUGACGCCAAGGGUUGUCCACACCUCUCGAAGAAAAUCCCUCCACAAACCAAAUAUGACUUUUGA